GAUGACGUUCUGGAAACAUUCGAAUGUCCUCAGGUGUUCGGUGGUAAGGUGAUAUCGAAUUUCUGAAAAAGGUGUGGAUUUUCACGAAAAAGUACAUCUACUUCAUCGUUUAUGCAUCGCUUCAAAAAUAGCCAGCCUAGUCGCUUAUUCAUAGAGCCUUUGACUGGCCCCUCUACUUCUUAGGGUCGUGUGCAAACAGCUUUAUAGACUAACACACGCCAAGAUCCAAUCCAGACAUUUCGAAUAGUGGUUGUAGCGAGGACUAUAAGGGUCUAUCCAUUCCACACUUACGAAGAUCAACAACACAUAGAUCAAGAUGCCUUUCAAACCCGCAGAACACCCAAAAUGUCCCAAGUGCUCGAAAUCUGUAUACGCUGCAGAAGAACGUGUAGCUGGAGGAUACAAAUUCCACAAAACAUGCUUCAAAUGCGGACUUUGCGGUAAAAUGUUGGACUCCACCAACGUGACAGAACACGAGGCCGAACUCUACUGCAAAAACUGCCAUGCCCGCAAAUACGGACCCAAAGGAUACGGAUUCGGUGGUGGUGCAGGAUGUCUCAGUAUGGAUACCGGUGCUCAAUUCCAAGGGGAAGGAGCAGUACUAUCCAGAGCCCCGCUGUUGUCAACUUCUGUUGCCAAGGCCCCACAGGGGGAGGGUUGUCCUAGAUGUGGAGGGUUCGUUUACGCUGCUGAACAAAUGCUUGCACGUGGAAGGGCCUUCCACAAAACCUGCUUCAAGUGUGGUGACUGUAACAAAGGAUUGGACUCUGUUAAUGUCACCGAGGGUCCAGAUAGAGAAAUCUACUGUAAAGUUUGUUAUGGAAAACGUUUUGGCCCCAAAGGAUACGGUUAUGGUCAAGGUGGCGGUACUCUACAGAGCGAAUGUUUCGCAGUUGGCGAUCAAGCGCCCAAGACCACCCUGGUCGACACCGCAGCCAUCAAGGCCAAGCCAGGCCAGGGCUGUCCCCGCUGCGGAGGGGUAGUCUUCGCUGCCGAGGAAGUCCUGGCGAAGGGCCGCCAGUGGCAUCGCAAGUGCUUCAAGUGCAGGGACUGCACCAAGACGUUGGAUUCGAUCAAUGCUUGCGACGGACCCGACGGGGAAGUCUACUGCAGGACCGAUUACGGGAAGAAGUGGGGCCCCCAUGGGUACGGGUUCGCCUGCGGGUCUGGGUUCCUCCAGACCGAUGGGCUAACCGAGGAUGAGAUUUCGGCUAGUCGCCCUUUCUACAACCCUGAUACGACCUCGAUCAAGGCCCCUCCUGGCCAAGGAUGCCCAAGAUGUGGAGGAAUGGUCUUCGCUGCCGAACAACAACUAGCUAAAGGAACCAUGUGGCACAAGAAAUGCUUCAACUGCGCCGAAUGCCACCGCCCCCUCGACUCCGUCCUCGCCUGCGACGGCCCCGACAAGGAGAUCCACUGCCGCGCCUGCUACGGCAAGCUGUUCGGCCCGAAAGGCUUCGGCUUCGGCCACGCCCCCACGCUGGUCUGCUCGGAGGGCACCGCCCCCGCCGUGCACGACCCCCGCCCCAACAGCGGCAGGAAGGCGGCGCCAGGGCAGGGGUGUGGCCGGUGCGGGUACUCGGUGUACGCGGCCGAGCAGAUGAUCAGCAAGAACGGGGUGUGGCACAAAAGGUGCUUCAGCUGCAGCGAGUGCAACAAUUCGCUGGACUCGACCAAGUUGAACGACGGGCCCGAUGGAGAGAUUUAUUGCAGAGGUUGCUACGGAAGGAACUUUGGACCCAGAGGAGUUGGAUUCGGUAUGGGUGCUGGUACCCUGACCAUGGCUUAAGAUCAGCAGGAUAUUUCUUAAUCAAUCGACACAGUUAGAUCUGUAUAAACAGAGAUAUCUUUAUGGUUUCUUAUUAACCAUGGGGAUCUCAUGUUUGGGAAGGUUUUUGGCUAGACGCGAGAAACAUUCCGAAAUAUUGAAAUCUCUGUUCACGUUAAGUAAUUGGUUAAGACGAUAUGGGUAUUCAAAGCUUAUGAACAUUAAUUAUUGUAUAUUUAUGCUUUGAGCGCAUAUUUUUGAAAACACAUUUUUGGAUGACGCGUUUUUUAUUCCAUUUUUUUCGUAGGAGUAUGAGAGAGAUAGGUUGGAUAAAUAUGGUUCCUUCUAGCCGUUGAAAGACUGAAGUUGCUAUUCUUCUGGAUACCUACUUACCUUUUUUGU